AUGCUGACAGAUUCAAUAGUAGAUGAUGCAGCCGACUUUUUACAUCUUAACGACGCUCUUGGGAGGGCUGGUCUUUCGCCAAAUGAGAUUUCUGAUAUAUGGCGUACGGUAGCAGGUGUACUUCAUCUGGGAAACAUUGACUUCGUUGACAGUGUGGAUGACAGUCGAGGAGGAUGCAAAAUGGAUCCGGCUGCUGAAAUGUCGUUAAAAAUAGCGGGCGAGCUGCUUGGAAUGGAAAUUGCUGAAUUAAAAAUGGGACUUGUGUCGAGAAUCAUGCAGGCAACUAAAGGAGGUGUAAAAGGCACAUUGAUCAGAGUUCCUUUAAAACCUCAUGAAGCUGCUGCUGGACGAGAUGCUCUCGCCAAAGCACUCUAUUCUCGACUCUUUGAUUGGCUAGUAGCAAGAAUCAAUAAAUCAAUACCGUUUGAAAAAAGUAUCAAUUAUAUUGGGGUGUUGGAUAUUGCUGGAUUUGAAUUCUUUGAAGUGAACUCAUUCGAGCAGUUUUGCAUCAAUUUCUGCAAUGAAAAAUUGCAACACUUUUUCAACGAACGUAUUUUGAAGCAAGAGCAGGAAUUAUAUGCAAAAGAGGGAUUGGAUGUACCGCGAAUCGAAUAUUCGGACAACCACGAUUGUAUUGAGGGACUGGAUGUACCGCGAAUCGAAUAUUCGGACAAUCACGAUUGUAUUGGUCAGUCUUUACAAGUUACGGUAUUUGCAGGAUUGGCUAGGAAGAAUAUAAAGCUUUUCGAAAGGAAACCAUCGGGAUUACUUGACUUACUCGAUGAAGAAUCUCGUCUACCACGUCCAAGUCCACAGCAUUAUACAAUGGCCUCUUACGAAGCGAAUAAGGGACAUUUUAGAUUAGAGAGCCCUCGACGAUCUCGUCUUCGGCAACAUCGUGACCUUCGCGAAGAUGAAGCUUUCCUCGUCCGACACUAUGCUGGCACUGUAUGCUAUGAGACGGGACAGUUUCUUGAGAAAAACAAUGACACGCUACAAAACUCUUUGGAAUUCUUAGUGGAACAGAGCAGCGUGGCCUUUAUUCGUAACCUGUUCGAAGGUGCUCAUGCUCCAGAACCGGUGCGAGGAAAACGAUCAACUGCUAGCAGGUUGCAAUCUGUAAGCGUAGGAGGGAAAUUCCGCAAUCAAUUAACGGUUCUUUUGGAGAAAUUAAGAAAUACGGGUACUCACUUUGUACGUUGCGUCAAGCCGAACUCCUCAAUGAGCCCCCAGAUUUGCGAUGGAGCAGCAAUCCUAUCGCAGCUCAAAUGUGCUGGAAUGGCCAGUGUGCUGAAAUUAAUGCAAAAAGGUUUUCCAUCUAGGUUGGUGCAUGCAUUGGAUUAAAA